AUGUUGACUGGAGCGGGACCCCGGGCUGGAUCGCGGCUCCUCCUCCUCCUCCUCCUGCUCCUGACUCCGGGGCUCGGCUGCCCCUCCCAGUGCCGCUGUUGGCCCCUCAACCGGACGGUCAGCUGCUCGGGCCGGGGCCUGGAGGCGGUUCCGCGGGGGAUCCCGGCCGGGACCCGGGCCCUGGACCUGAGGGGGAACCGGCUGCGGUACCUGGCGCCGGGGGCGCUGAGCGGCCUGGCCGCCCUCGACCGCCUGGAGCUGGCGGGGAACCCGCUCCUCGUCCUGCUGGACCACACCUUCCGCGGCCUGGGCCGCCUCAGCCGCCUGGAGCUCGGCGGCCCCCAGCUGAGCUACGUCGGGCCGCGGGCCUGGGCCGGCCUGGGCGGCCUGCAGCAGCUGACGCUGGAGGGGGCGGCGCUCCGCUCGCCGCCCGCCGCCGCCCUCGCCGCCCUGGCCAACCUCACCGCCCUCCGCCUGCGCCGCCUGCCCAACGUCGCCGCGCUGCCCGGCCGCCCCUUCCGCUCCCUCGGCCGCCUCCGCCUGCUGGAGCUGGACGCCUGGGCCUCGCUGGCCUCGCUGGGCCCCGACAGCCUCCUGGGCCUCAAUCUGCUCUGGCUCUCCGUCACCCGCUGCAACCUCAGCGCCGUCCCCUACGCCAGCCUCCGGUCGCAGGCCUACCUGCGCUCCCUCGACCUCUCCCACAACCCCAUCGGCGACAUCCGGGCGCCGCUGCUGCAGCACGUGACCCGCCUGGAGGAGCUGCGAUUGGUCGGCGCCCGCCUGGUCCGCGUCGAGCCCGGCGCCUUCCGCGGCCUGGUCCGCUUCCGGCUGCUGGACGUCUCGGCCAAUCGGCUGCCCAGCCUCCCGCAGUCGGCCUUCCGGUCGGCGGCCGCCCUCCAGAGCCUGGGCCUGGGCCGCAACCCGCUGGCCUGCGACUGCCGCCUCCUCUGGGUGGCCCGGCGGCGGCGGCGCCUCCGCUUCCUGGAGCCCGGGCCGACCUGCGCCUCCCCCGAGCGGCUCCGCGGCCGCCGCCUGGCCGAGCUGGGCGACACGCUGCCCGGCGGCUCCUUCACCUGCCGCAGGCCCAGGAUCCGCGACAAGCGGCCGCAGCGGCUGCGGGCCCGGGAGGGGGAGAGCGUCACCUUCCGCUGCUCGGCCGACGGGCAGCCCGACCCGGACAUCCUGUGGCUCAACCCCCGGCGCCAGCGGCUGGGCGGCCCGGGCCUGGGCUCCGGCCCCGCCGUCGGCCGAAGCCGCCUCCUGGCCAACGGCAGCCUGGAGAUCGCCUCGGUGCGGCUGCUGGACGCCGGCACCUACCUCUGCGUGGCCCGCAACGCCGGCGGCAACGACACGGCCUCGGCCUGGCUGCAGGUGCGGCCGCUCUCGCCGCAGGAGCUGGGCCUGCUCGGCCCGACCGACCGGGCCCCGCGGGCCGGCCUCCGGCCCGGGUAUCCCUUCGACACCCAGACGCUGCUGGUGGCCACCACCAUGGGCUUCGCCUCCUUCUUCACCGUGGUCACCGUCUGCUUCACCCUCCUCUCCAUCUGGAGCCGGGCCAGCGGGCCCAUCAAACACAACAACAUCCAGGUGGACUUUGUACCGCACGGGGGCGGUAGCGGCGGAGGAGGAGGAGACGGAGGAGAGGAAGCCCAGUUCAACAUGAAGAUGGUCUGAGGGGAGGUGCCACGGCCGCCUGGCCCCGCCCCCAGGGUGACACCGCUCACGCUCCGCCCCCAGGGUGACACGGACCCGGCCCCGCCCCCGCCCC